UUUUAACCCGUUUCUAGUUGGAGACUGACACUUUAGGAGCCACAGCGUAAUCCUCUUUCUAUGUGGGCUAUAGCUUGAACUAACAUUCAUCUUCUACCUUAUCGCCAAGCAACAGUUUCAGUGUUGCUUCCUCUGCCAUGUCGACACCAACCAAAUCUUUCCCACUUUCACCUUCUCCUUCCUGCUUCUCUCGGGCUUUAUCUCCCCCUAUACGAACUCUCUUUCCUUCAGCUUUGCUCCCUUCUCAGAAGCUCACAUUUGCCGCUAACACUUCACAGAAACAAGAUAAACUACCUUUACACUUUUUGGGUCCUGAAGAUUCCAGGAUUUUACUGCUCAAAUGCAACGCCCUCGUCGUCAACGACAGCUCUACCAAUUCUUUUGUUGAUUCGGGGGUGAUGCUAUAUUCUCUCUUUCAAGAAAUUGGGUUCAAUGAGAGAGAUACUGAAGCCCUUUUGGACGCCCACCCUGUAGUCAAACUCAGGCCCUUCCAAUCCAUACGUACACGAAUUCAUUCAUUGCAGUCCCUUGGUGUCAGCGGCCUUGCUCUUUCACGAUUGAUCGUGAAAAGACCGGAUGUUUUAACAGCUCAGGAAAUCGAUGCCUUCGUUUGUUUUCUUCUCAAUGAUGAACUGGAAUUGGCGGGAAAGAUCAAACCUUCACAAAUUGAACAUCUUUUUAACUCAACAGAACCGAGGUUUCUUGCAGGAUUUGAAGCAAAGGUUAGAUUGUUACUCCAACUUGGGAUGCCCCAAGAAAAGAUUGUUCACGUUCUCAACAAUGCCAACUUAACCAAGGCUUUUUGUCUCAAAUCAUUUGAAGAUGUAGAAAGAUUGCUCACUUUCUUGAACCGUUUUGGUGGUGUUGAUUUGAUUCUUCGCCGUCCAGCGCUUCUCAACUAUGACCUUGACGCGCAGUUGAUUCCCAGGAUAGGGUUCCUAUUCGAGCUGAGUGGAGGUGAUGAGGCUGGAACUGCAACCGUUUUGCGUAAGUUGCCAUUUGUUGUAGCAUACAGUGUUGACCACUUAAAAGAUCAUGUAGAG